CAAGCAUUUUAAAAAUUAAUUUUAUAGUAGACUGCAUAGUUUUCUUUUUUUAAAAAAUAUUUUAGUUGUAGUUGGAUACAAUAUACCUUUAUUUUUCUUUAUUUUUAUGUGGUGCUGAGGAUUGAACCCAGGACCUCACACGUGCUAGGUGAGCGCUCUACUGCUGAGCUACAACCCCAGCCCCUGUAUAGUUUCCUUUCAGUUAAAAAACUUAUAAUGACUUAAGUAAAGUUUUGUAGUUCUAAAAUUAGCAUAACAUGAAUAAUAUUAAAGAUUGUGUGUGUUCAUGCAUGUGCAUGUAGUACUAGAGAUUGAUCUUGGGCCUUAUGCAUGCUAGGCAAGUGCUCUACUACUGAAAUAUACCCCCAGCCCUGUACAACAUUAAAUUUUCUUUAGCUACAUGCAGGAUCUAUAAAAGUUGCUUCACUUGGUUGAAUGAAAUUUUGGAACUUUUAGAAGUCUAUUUCAUGUAAAUAAAUGAAGGCAUUUGAAAUAAAUUACAGCCAGGCAUGGUGGCACAUGCCUGUACGGGAGACUGAGGCAGGAGUAGUACAAGUUCCAGGCCAGCUUGGGAAAUGUAGUGAUGUAGCUCAGUGAUAGAGCAUCCCUGGGUUGAGUCCCCAGUAAUGCACAUAGACACAGGCACACACACACUCACACACAUAUACACCAAAUCCAAACAAAGGAAAAUAGAGUCUACCAGUAUCUUUGGGGUUGAUUUAAAGAAUGACACAGUUUUGAAAACCAGUUUGUCCCUGCUGAGCUUGUAAAAGGCAGUGCCGCUUAUGCUGGGUGUGCUCCUGCUCUGAGUGCGCAGGUUCUGUCCAGUUGGCAGCCCCUCUGCUACUUUAUAGGAAGGUGCUGCCAUUGGCUGCCUAAACUCCCUCCGUUGCCUUUCUGCUUCCCUCUUCUCCACGCACUCUUGGCUAUUCCUCCUGCCUGUACUCUGUCCUGUCUGCUAUUCAUCAUUCCUUCCAAAGCUAUUACCAUUUUCUUUCUUUUUCUCUAAAAACAAAACACUAUUGUGAUCGUUAGUUUUUAAGCAAAAGAGCUGUUCCCAACACUGCAAAGUUUUAGCAGUUUGUGUGUCCCCUUCUUCCUUCGUGUUUGGGCACUCAGCCAGGAUUUGGGUAAUAUAGCUCAAAAUCACUUGCAAAUUAACUAAAUAUUUGUGAAAUGUUUUAUGUUGGACUAAGGGAGAGAGUAGAAAAAGACCUUUUACCCCAGAAGUUGGUGUAUUUUCUUAAAGAUGAUGAGAGAGAGGCAAAUGGUCGGAUUUGUUACUUAACUAAGAUAAGCUCUAAUUUAUUAGAUUGCCCUCUUAUGGACCUAAUUGGAGAAGAAAAUGGAAAUUUUAAUGUUGGUGAUUUUGAAAAUAUUUUUAUUAUUAAUGGAGAGGAAUAGAAUGUUUUCAUUUAGUUUUUAAAAUACAAAAUAUGGCUAUGAUACUUUAUUAUCAUGUAUUAAUCUUUUAUCUUUCAUUAGUUGAUAGUUGCAAAAUAGUGGACCCUUUCUUUUACAGAUUUGUCUUAAUGCUUUUGAAUUGUUACCUGAAUUAUUUGGUGAGAAAAGUAAAAAUUGGCAAUUAAUUGUGCCUACAUGUUAAGUUAUUGGAAAUGUAGUAUUUAAAUUCAGUGGCUUCUAAAAUCUAUACCAGGUCUUUUGUCCACUUUAAGUUAUACACAGAGAAAAACAUUUGAAACAAGAACCUUAACUUCAUAGGAUUAAUUUUUUUCUUUCUUUAUUUUCUUUUUGAAGUAUUGGGGAUUGAACCCUGGGCUUUGUACAUAUGCAAGGCAGUUCUCUUUUACUGAGCUAAUUCCCAGCCCUUUUUAUUUUAUUUUCAGACAAGGUCUCACUAUGUUGUGCAAGCUGGUCUUGAACUUCCUGCUUUAGCCUCUUGAGUAGCUGGGAUUACAGGUUUGCACCACUAUGGCUGACUUAAAACUUCAUUAUGGAAAUUUAAAGACACACAAAAGUAGAGGGGCUAAAGAGCUGAAGGAGAGCUACUUUCCCCCAAAUCGGACUUCUCAGAACCUUUAAUAUGCUAAUGUGCAUUGUGAAUCUCCAAGAGGGGGAUAUGAUAUGCAGCAUUCUUGAAUACUUCUAAUGACAGGGAGCUCACUACCUCAUAAGCUGCAUCAAGAAGAAGAGUUUGUUAUUUUAAACAGAGGCUGAAGAACUAUAGAAUUAGCAGACAUAAGAGAAAGUGUGGAGAAGGUAGAGGAUGGAGUUGCAGACUCUACAGGAGGCUCUUAAAGUGGAAAUUCAGGUUCACCAGAAACUGGUUGCUCAAAUGAAGCAGGAUCCACAGAUAUUUUUUCUUUCCAAUCAGAAUGCUGACUUAAAGAAACAGCUUCAUGAACUCCAAGCCAAAAUCACAGCUUUGAGUGAGAAACAGAAAAGAGUAGUUGAACAACUACGGAAGAACCUGAUAGUAAAGCAAGAACAACCAGACAAGUUCCAAAUACAGCCAUUGCCACAAUCUGAAAACAAACUACAAACAGCACAGCAGCAGCCACUACAGCAACUACAGCAACAACAGCAGUACCACCACCAUCACGCCCAGCAGCCAGCUGCACCCUCUCCCAGCUUGACUGCUUCACAGAAGACUGUAACUACAGCUUCUAUGAUUACCACAAAGACACUACCUCUCGUCUUGAAAGCAGCAACUGCGACCAUGCCUGCCUCUGUUGUGGGCCAGAGACCUACCAUUGCUAUGGUGACCGCCAUCAACAGUCAGAAGGCUGUGCUCAGCACUGAUGUGCAGAACACACCAGUCAACCUCCAGACGUCUAGUAAGGUCACUGGGCCUGGGGCAGAGGCUGUCCAAAUUGUGGCAAAAAACACAGUCACUCUGCAGGUUCAAGCAACCCCUCCUCAGCCCAUCAAAGUACCGCAGUUUAUCCCUCCUCCCAGACUCACUCCACGUCCAAACUUUCUCCCACAGGUUCGACCCAAGCCUGUGGCUCAGAAUAACAUUCCUAUCGCCCCAGCACCUCCUCCCAUGCUUGCAGCUCCUCAACUUAUCCAGAGGCCUGUCAUGCUGACCAAGUUUACCCCGACAACCCUCCCCACAUCCCAGAACUCCAUUCACCCUGUCCGUGUUGUCAAUGGGCAGACCGCAACCAUAGCCAAAACGUUCCCCAUGGCCCAGCUCACCAGCAUUGUGAUAGCUACUCCAGGGACCAGACUCGCUGGACCUCAAACUGUACAGCUUAGCAAGCCAAGCCUUGAAAAACAGACAGUUAAAUCCCACACAGAAACAGAUGAAAAACAAACAGAGAGCCGUACCAUCACCCCACCUGCUGCACCCAAACCAAAACGGGAAGAGAACCCUCAGAAACUUGCCUUCAUGGUGUCUCUAGGGUUGGUAACACAUGACCAUCUAGAAGAAAUCCAAAGCAAGAGGCAAGAGCGAAAAAGAAGAACAACAGCAAAUCCAGUAUACAGUGGAGCAGUCUUUGAACCAGAGCGUAAGAAGAGUGCAGUCACAUACCUAAACAGCACAAUGCAUCCUGGGACCCGGAAGAGAGGUCGUCCUCCAAAAUACAAUGCAGUGCUGGGGUUUGGAGCCCUUACCCCAACAUCCCCCCCAUCCAGUCAUCCCGACUCCCCUGAAAGUGAAAAGACAGAGACCACAUUCACUUUCCCUGCACCUGUGCAGCCUGUGUCCCUGCCCAGCCCCACCUCCACAGACGGUGAUAUCCAUGAGGAUUUUUGCAGUGUUUGCAGAAAAAGUGGCCAGUUGCUGAUGUGCGACACAUGUUCCCGUGUGUAUCACCUGGACUGCUUAGACCCACCUCUGAAAACAAUUCCCAAGGGCAUGUGGAUCUGUCCAAGAUGUCAGGACCAGAUGCUGAAGAAGGAAGAAGCAAUUCCGUGGCCCGGAACUUUAGCAAUUGUCCAUUCCUAUAUUGCCUACAAAGCAGCUAAAGAAGAAGAGAAACAGAAAUUACUUAAAUGGAGUUCAGAUUUAAAACAAGAACGAGAACAAUUAGAGCAGAAGGUGAAACAACUCAGCAAUUCUAUAAGUAAAUGCAUGGAAAUGAAGAACGCCAUCCUCGCCCGGCAGAAGGAGAUGCACAGCUCCCUGGAGAAGGUAAAACAGCUGAUCCGCCUCAUCCACGGCAUCGACCUCUCCAGACCUGUGGACUCUGAGGCCGCUGUGGGGGCCAUCUCCAAUGGCCCGGACUGCACCCCCCCUGCCAGCGCCACCACCUCCACACCGGCCCCUUCCCCCUCCUCCCAGAGCUGCACAGCGAACUGUAGCCAGGGGGAAGAGACUAAAUAACAGAGCCCUCACGAGAAGCCACGGGAUCCCGGCGGCAAGGAGAAAAACAACACUGAAGACUCUAGAAAAGCAAAGCCGGAUUUCUUCUGGAAAGUACAGGAUUCUUUUGGUUCUUUGGUUCCAGAGAGAGGGAAGAUGCUUGUGCCAGGUGGCACCCGAGUUUGCCAAUUGAUCCUUCUUAUUCUGUGUGUACACGCGAAGAUUGGACCACGUUACAUGAAAUAGUGCCAGCUGGAGGUUCUUUGCCAGCACCAUGCCAAGUGAAAUAAUAUAUUUACUCUCUCUAUUAUACACCAGUGUGUGCCUGCAGCAGCCUCCACAGCCACGAUGGGUUUGUUUUUGUUUUGUUGGGUGGGGAGCAGGGAUGGGCGGAGGGAGGAGAGCAGGUUUCAGAUCCUUAUUUGCCGAGCCGUUUGUCUAGGUAGAGAAGACAAGUCCAAAGAGUGUGUGGGCUUUCCUGUUUCUAAACUUUCACUACUAUCAAACCAAAAAAAUGGAAAUCGAGAUUUAAUCAACCCAGUGCCCAGAGAAGGGAAGGGGGAGGGGCCGGGAGGGAGCAAGGGGUGGGAAAGUAUAUCAGAUUAGCAGUAUUUAACAUUGUCUGGGGGGCUAGUGAAGGAGAGACGCAUGGACGCCCAGCAGCCACUGGCUCCCCUCCCAGCCCGCUCCUUCGCUCCCCACCCCCACUCCCUCCUCCCUCUCUGGUGCAUCCACAUCCCAUGGGCGACCCCCUCAGUCCCUCUGGAGACCAAGGCAAGCCCAGCCAGGGGCAUGCUGACCUUGCCCAAGGCAGGGAAGAAGGGUGUGUGUGUGGUCCAGCAAAGAAAAAAAGGUGAAUCAGUGAUUUUACUUGAAAACAAGCUCCAUCCCUUUUCUAUAUUUAUGAGAAGAGCAGAUCCUGAGUGAAGCAGCACUCGACCCAGGUGUGAGAAUCGAAUGGAGACAUUUCUUUCCUCUUUUUUUUUAAUUUUUUUUAAAUUUUUGUUCUUUUUUUCCUUUAAACAAAGUUUUAUUUUGUUGUUUAUUUUACUUUUUUUGUAACAAAAACUAAAAUAAGGAAUAGAAAAGCUGUUUUUCAGGCUGACAGUCCAAUUAAGGGUAGUCGAGACCUUGCAUGGUAGAAUAGGAACCAUAGUGUCGGUGAGGUCCUGUGAGUCUGUGUGAGUCCUUGUGUCAUCAUUCGGGCACUGUUUUUUUAUGCAAGGGCAAAAAUCUUUGUAUCUGGGGAAAACAACAACAACUUUUUUUUUAAAUUAAAAAGGAAAAUAAAAGAUAUUGAGGUCUUCCUAGUGUUACUUAAAUUAAGAUCAAGGUAAGAAACAUUGUAAAAAAAAUUACAAAAGUGCUAUUUGUUUCCUAAAAACAGUGAUUUCUAUUAAAAAGGUGUCAGAACUGGAGAAACGCCGUGUAGUUAUAAUUUUUUAGCACAGAACCUGCUGAUCAUUAUGACAUUUUGCUGUGUUUGUGUCUCUAGACUGGUGGCCAGUCUCCAUGAAGGGCUGGGUGGGGCUUUCCCCACCCCCUUCCCCUUCUAAGAAAAGACUGUCCUCUCUUCCUGGUGCAGGGUCUUGUCUCCUGUUUCUGAAGCCCAGAUGGAGUGUGCAUGGUGUAGGCCCUUCCCAUGGUCUCCUCGGAUUUCGCUAGAGCACAGGCUGGUGCCUAAUAAGACCUCUUCCUUUGGUGCUGCUCUCAGUCUUUCAGCCACCAGCAUUACGAGUGCCUGGGGGGCACCUCUGAGGGGAAAGGCCAUUGAGGCUCCUUGGUACCCCUGUACCCUGGCCUCAGGAAGGGUACAGGGGUGCAGGCUGGCUGCAUCAGCCCUUGGUGCUUAGAGAGAACAAAGGAGGAGGGAGAUGUCUUGUGGGAGCAUGUGUCUCUGAGACAGAGCCCGAUGGCCUUCAAGUCUGUCUUGCUUUUGAAGAGAGGUCUGAAGCUCCAGCCACUUCCUCUGCCUGCUGGCUCCAGGCACCAGACAGUUUGCUCCACUCCCCCCACCCACAAGCCUCCUGGGUGACCCUGGGCUAGAAUCGCUGUGCUCACUUUGCUUGGCCUGUUGUGUCCUCUCUUUCUUGGAAAACCAGCUCUCUGAAAGACUGAGAUCAUCUCUCUCAUCAUGCCAGUGAGAAAUUGUGUAUGCAUGCUUUUUCUGAAGACCUUUGUGUCUGGUGUGUCCCAAGCUGAAGGGACAGAGGCAGAGGCUCUGCCCUGACCCUGCAACAGUCUCUUCUGAGCCCACCCCAGACCUUGUGAUGCUGGAAUCUAGGAGUGGCAGAAAAGGCCCUUUUCACUUCUCCCUCACCUAGCUGGGCCCAGAGAGACAGAGUUAGAUCCUGAAAGCAAGGGCAGCAGAGAAGAGAUGCUUCUUAGAGUGAAUUUGAGUCUCAUCCAUACCAGCCACUCCAUUCAUCUUUCCAGGGUGUCAGGAGAGGAAACUGUCCAACUGCAAGGUCUCAGGGUCAGGCCUUGGCUGCCAGGUUGGUUGAGGGAAACAGAGAAGAGCCCCCUUUUCAUGCAGAAACCAAGGUGCUAUGUCUAGUCAGGGAGCUUUGAAGCUGCCUGGACUAGUUGGAGGAAUCCUUGGCGGAGGAUCAGAGACUAGCGGUAGGCUAUCCACCCUGCCUCGGCUCUCCCACUCGACUUGUCUAGGCCCAUUUCCUUUUGUGGAAAGCACUUGGGAAGUCAUCAUCAACUUUGCUUUGAGGAGAGCUGCCUGAGGAAUCACAGGCCAAGGGGCCAGGCCAAGAACUGACCAGUGUUUUACCUGCUGCUGUGAUCAGUGUCGCCUGCCUUCUGACCUCACCUUAAAGCUGGGAGGUGGCUUUUUCCUGGAGUUCAGUGGGUCAGCUGUGUAGUCCAGAUCGCAACCUGCCACAGCCUCCGUUCUGGUCUCAAACUCCCAAAUGCUGCUGAACUGAAAGGGUCUGGUCACUCGGUCUUCAGAGUCAUGCCAAGGAAAGAACUACUCUCUGGCCCCCAGACAGAGGUGCCUGUGACCACCUGGGACAUACCAGCCCCAUCUGAGCUGCUCUGCCUCCUCCUCCUUCCUCUGCUUCUCCUGGCCCAGGAUUUAGCUGCUCUGACAUCCACAUAGUGCCCAGCUAGCUUUACAGUCACAUCAGAGGGCUCUGGCCUGGGGUUUCCUGUCCCUGACCAGCCGCAGUCCUGGAGGCAGUGAGGUCGUGCUGCUGCUUCCCCACCUUUUGCAUUCUUGGCGCCUGAAGGUCCUUUUGCUUUCUGAAGCCUGCUGGGUCUUGUCUGGCCUUGGUGAGCUCAUCCAGCCCCAAGUUCUUCCUUAUCAGGCCCUUUGGGACAAGCUGCUGGUGGUGCCUGACCAGAGGACUCAGCUAGGGACGGGCCCUGGGAGGGCCGUGCCUGUGUGAGGGUUGUCUCUGGAGCCUGCGAUGUGCCCAGGGCACCUGCAGAGGGCACCUUCUGGGUGCCCAGUUCCCUGCAGGCCUGCCCCUCUCCCUGCUGCUGCUUGGCCCAGGCAGGAGGUAGUAUGAACUGGUGCACUUGGCACACAGCGCCUCCCCAGAGUGCCAUCUUGCCAGAUGCCUCAGUCUCCACACGGUCAGCUAGCUGCCUCUGCGCCACCCCUGAUGCUUCCUCUCUCGGGCCAUCGGAGCCCCUUUGGGCGCUCUCAUCACUAAGGCCGCUGCUCACACACUCUUAAGUGGUCUCUUACCUUUUCUCCCUCCUUGGGUGUGGUCCUUAUUUAUCUAAAGGGCUGAAUUCAGGAGACUUUCACCCAGGGGCAGAAGGCUCCUGGGGUGCCAGGAUGGAUAGGGCCAGGGCACAUUUUCCAGGUCCUAGGUUCUCCACUCCCAUGGCUUCUGUGGAUGGAGGCAGCGAGGCUGUGUAAGUGACUGGACCGCACCCCACCCCUCAGCCAGCACCCUUGGCAGCAAACAGGAGCCCCAUUCCCACGGGCUUACCCCCUGUGCCCCUGUCAGCUCCUCUCCAGGAAGGGAGUGGUGGCCCCUGGGAAGACUCCACGGGCCCUCCCACCAGGGGAAGGGGAGGAAGCUGGGGUUACCCCACCAGAGAGCCAGGCUUGUAAAGGAAGGGCAGGGCUCACAAACUCCGCUUGGCACCCCCUCUCCCAAGGCUCUUCCUCCCUGAGGACCCCCACUCCACACAGCUGUUGAGCCCUAUGCCUCUCUCCAGCCUCCCCGCCUCUCAGCCCAGUGUGAGCUGCAGUCAGGCAGGGCGGGACAGACAGGCCAGAGGUCAGCAAGCGCAGGCGCAGAGGAGAGCCAGCCAGACCCCAAUCCUGUCUCUUGUCCAUGCCCUUUGUGAUUUCAGUCUUGGUAGAACUUGUAUUUGGAGUUUUGUGCUUCAAAGUUUUUGUUUUUGUUUGUUUGAUUUUUGUUUUGAGGGGGUGGGGGGAAACAGAGCAGCUGAUCAAUUUGUAUUUAUUUAUUUUAACAUUUUACUAAAUAAAGCCAAAUAAAGUC